AUGGCGAAAGGAUCAAAGCCCAAGUCCGACCAGGUCGCCGACGAGCAACCGCCCUCUGUCGAGGAAGAUUUGUACCAGAUCCUCGGCGUGCAGUCCGAUGCGACACUCGAGACGAUCAAGACUGCCUACAAGAAGAAUGCCUUGAAGCACCAUCCUGACAAGGUGGGCGAGGAUGCUCGCGACGAAGCCCACGCCAAGUUCCAGAAGAUCGCUUUAGCCUACGCCGUCCUGUCCGACAAACGCCGCCGCAAUAUGUAUGAUCGCACUGGCAGCACCGACGAGGUGCUCGGAGAAGAUGGCGACUUUGACUGGAUGGACUUUUACCGCGAGCAGUUGUCGGCGAUGCUGGACACGCGCGCUGUCUCCGACUUCCAAAAGAAAUACCAGGGCUCCGAUGAAGAGAAGAAGGAUCUUUUGGCGGCGUAUGAGGCAAAUGAGGGGGAUCUGGAUGGCAUCUACGAGUCCGUCAUGCUUUCCAACGUUCUGGACGACGACGAGCGCUUCCGCGCCAUCAUCGAUCAAGCCAUUGUCGACGGAGAAGUGAAGGAAUACGCGCAGUACACUGAGGAGUCGGAGGACAAGCGCCAGAAACGAGUCAAGCGUGCUCAGAAGGAGGCGAGGGAGGCGGAAAAGCUGUCGAAGAAGCUGGAGAACGACAAGAAGAAGAAGGCCGCGAAGGCCUCCAAGGCUUCUGCCGGGAACGAAGAUGAUCUGCUGGCGCUGAUUAACAAGCGACAGCAACAACGGGGCCAGGGGUUUCUUGCCCACAUUGAGGAAAAGUACGGCCAACCUAAUGGCAAGAAGCGUGGACCCCCUGACGAGCCAUCCGAGGAGGCCUUUGCUGCUGUUGGAGCUCGCAAAUCGAAGGAUGGAAAGUCCAAGUCGAAGAAGGCCAAAGCUUAG